AUGACUGCCGCUGGCGUCUCAAGUGUUUACGGAGUAGCAGCAGGCACCACAAAGGUGUGCUUGCUUGAUAAUCGCGAGGCUGCUCCGUACUCGUGGCGUAUACAACCACGAGUACAAUCAAGCAACAAUCCUCGUUUUCAGGCUGUUCGAUUCAAGGCACAAGCAUCGCAUGCCGUGUGUCUCAACCUUGGCAGCUCCACAGGCAUGUCCACCAGUUUUAAGGCGCCUCAAAAGUCACCUGGCGGCUCUAUAGGCCUGUCCACCAGACCCUGUGAAGGUCGCUUGAACAGCAACUGUAGGAGCGGUUGCAGUAGCAGCAGAUCCAAAGGAGCAAUGGCGUCUGCUGCUCCUGUUGCCAACCACAGCAGCAGGGGUGUCGCCGCUUCUGCAUCUUCUGCUGCUCCUGCUGCUGCUGCGGAUGGCAAGAGCACAGGGGGACCAGCAGUGUCAGAGGCAGUCAUUGUGGGUGGAGGAUUGGCGGGCCUGGCAUUGGCUAUCGGCCUCCGGAACCUUGGGAUUGACGCGCAGGUGUACGAGGCACGCAAGGAGGUGGGAGGAGGGGAGGGCACCAUCAUCUCUCUCUUCCCCAACGGGCUCAGGGCGCUCAACAGAAUCGACCCUGCCAUUGUGCCCCAGCUGAUCCCUCUGGGAGUGACCGAUCCAGCAAGUUUCCUCCUAUCCCCUUCCGGUGAAGUCCUAGCCCCAUGGGGCUACAGUGCCACCAUGACUGCCCGCUUCGGCCUGCCCAUGCUCUCUAUCCGCUGGCGCAACGUGCUAGACGUGCUGCGCGGAAUGCUGCCAAACGACGCCGUCCACACCGGCCACCGGCUCGUGAAGGUCACGCAGAGGGAGGAGGCUGGAAGGAACGGGGAGGUGUCUGGUGCGGUGGAGCGGGAUGGCGUGGCGGAGGGGGAAGGCAUGGUGGAGUGCUUUUUCAGUACUGUUUCGUGUGGCAACGAGCAUCUCGUGCGCGUGGAGACCCCGCUGCUGCUGGGGGCAGACGGCAUUCACUCGGAGGCACGGAAGCAGCUGCUGGGGGAGGGAGUGAGUCCGCGGGACAACGGCAGAACCAUCUGGAGAGCCAUCAUCGACAGCAGCCUCUGCCCUCACCCCCUUCUCAAGCCCCGUCAUAUCCUGGCCAUGGUGGGACCUGGUCGCACAGCAACCAUUUCUGAUGCCGCAGCAGGGAGGCUCUACUGGGCGUUCACGCUCGUUGAUUCCGCCGAUCCGACGGUCAGCAGCGCGCGGUCCAGCAGAAGGGAGGAGGCACGGGAGAAGAUUCUUCAGGCGUUUAAGGGGUGGGAUGUGGUGGAGCAGCUGGUCAAGGCCACUCCCCCCGACCUCAUUCUCGAACGCCGCGUGCUCGACCUCCCGCCCCUGCCCUUCUGGGUCCACGGGAGGAUGGCUCUCCUCGGAGAUGCGGCGCACGCAGUAACGCCAGCGCUGGGCCAGGGCGCCAAUCUCCGUUUGCUCAUAUUUUGCUUCAUGUACCUGCUCUGCGCUCCCUUCUGCCCACCUGUCUGUCCAGAUGCGGCGCAUGCAGUGACACCUGCGUUGGGGCAGGGGGCCAAUCUGGCGUUUGAGGAUGCGGCUCAGCUGGUGGAGUGCCUCCGGGCGCUACCCCAUGCCAGAUGGGUUCUCAGCGAUGCGCUACACUCCUUUCAGUCCAUCCGCAUGCCGCGCGUGCAAGCAGUGGUCUCACAGAACGUUGCCUCCUCCAAGAAGAUAUACGAGGAUAAAGACGAAGAGGGCACAGAGAGGGAGAGCAGCAACGGCAUGAGCACUGAAGCAACAGCAGGCACAACAACUGCAGGAGAGGGAGGAGUUAAGGGAGGAAAGGGAGGAGGCGGAGGAGAGGGAGGAGGAGAGGGGUCCGAGUUCUACGAUUACCUGUACUCAUAUGACACAGUUCCUCUUGAUGUUUCCCUGGGUCUUGUAGGGUCUUGA